AUGUCCGGCUUCGACUCUGGCCGCGUCUACUCGGCCCAGGCGCUGGCAGGCUCUGAGGCGUCCAGAGCACCAGAGGCGCCCGCCCAGACCGAGCAGACCCUCUUCAACUUUGUCCAGAGCUUCCGCACCGGCAACGACUACAUCUACCGAGACCGCCUCCGCGCAAACCUCCUCGCAAAGCAGUACCUCCUCGACGUACAGCUCGAGCACGUACAGCUAUGGUCAAACAACCUCGCACACGCCCUCAGAGAGACGCCCGCCGAUAUCCUCCCCCUGUUCGAGUCGGCCGUCAAGCGCGCCGCCCGCGCCAUCCUCUACCCCGUCACUGCACCCGGCCAGCAGCGUCCAGAGGCUCCCGACUGCCAGGUCACCCUCCGCUCCCAUGCUAACCUCACCGGCAUGCGUGACCUUCACGCCGACAGCAUCUCACACCUCGUCCGUGUGCCCGGCAUCGUCAUCGGCGCAACCACCCUCACCUCGCGCGCCACCCAGCUCCACAUCAUGUGCCGCGACUGCCGCUCCACAAAGGCGCUUCCCAUCACCUCGGGCUUCGGCGGCUUCACCCUGCCCCGCUACUGCGACGCCACCAAGCUCGAUUCCAGCAGCCCAAAGUGCUCCACCGACCCCUACGUCAUCAUCCACGACCGCUGCCGCUUCGUCGACAACCAGACCGUCAAGCUCCAGGAGGCGCCCGACAUGGUGCCCGUCGGUGAGCUGCCCCGCCACAUGCUCCUCUCGGUCGACCGCGCCCUCUGCGGCAGGGUGGUGCCCGGGUCCCGCAUCAUUGCCACGGGCGUCUACUCCACCUUUACCAGCAGCAAGGCCGGCAAGGGCAAGCAGGGCGGCGCCGUCGCCCUCCGCACCCCGUACCUCCGCGUCGUCGGCCUCGAAAUCGACGCCGAGGGCGCCGCCGGCCGCGGCAUGGCGCGGAUGUUUAGCGCAGAAGAGGAGGAGGAGUUCUCCAGGAUGGCGCGCACAAAGGACCUCUACGAAAAGUUUUCCGCCAGCAUCGCGCCGAGCAUCUUUGGCAACAACGACAUCAAGAAGGCCAUCACCUGCCUCCUCUUCGGAGGGUCCAAGAAGGUGCUGCCGGACGGCAUGCGCCUCCGUGGCGACAUCAACGUGCUGCUCCUCGGCGACCCGGGUACCGCCAAGUCGCAGCUGCUCAAGUUUGUCGAAAAGGUGUCGCCCAUCUCGGUCUACACUUCGGGCAAGGGAAGCAGUGCGGCCGGUCUGACGGCCUCGGUGCAGAGGGACGCCCAAACGCGCGAGUUUUACCUCGAGGGCGGCGCCAUGGUCCUGGCCGACGGCGGCGUCGUGUGCAUCGACGAGUUUGACAAGAUGCGCGACGAGGACCGCGUGGCCAUCCACGAGGCCAUGGAGCAGCAGACAAUCUCGAUUGCCAAGGCGGGCAUCACGACGAUCCUCAACUCGCGCACCUCGGUGCUGGCGGCGGCCAACCCCGUGUUUGGGCGGUACGACGACAUGAAGUCGCCCGGCGAGAACAUCGACUUCCAGACGACGGUGCUCAGCCGGUUCGACAUGAUCUUUAUCGUCAAGGACGAGCACAACGAGCAGCGCGACCGCACCAUCGCCAAGCACGUCAUGAACAUCCACAUGAACCGCGCCACCGAUGCCCAGAACGCGGCGCAGGGCGAGAUCGACAUUGACCAGAUGAAGCGCUACGUGUCGUUCUGCAAGGCGCGCUGCGCGCCGCGGCUGUCGCCCGAGGCGGCAGAGAAACUGUCUUCUCACUUUGUGGCGCUGCGCAAGCAGGUGGCGCAGGUGGAGCGCGACAACGACGAGCGGUCGUCGAUCCCGAUCACGGUGCGCCAGCUCGAGGCGAUCAUCCGGAUGUCCGAGUCGCUGGCCAAGAUUACGCUGCAGCCGACGGUGCGCGAGGAGCACGUCGACGAGGCCAUCCGCCUCUUCCGCUUCUCGACCAUGGACGCGGUGCAGGCGGGCAACGUCGAGGGUAUGACGCGCGGCGAGCUGGCCGAAGAGUGCCAGAAGCUCGAGCGCGAGAUCCGCCGGCGGCUGCCCAUCGGCUGGAGCACGAGCUACGCCAAGCUGAGGCACGAGUUUGUCGAGAGCCAAGGGUACACCAACCACUCGCUCGAAAAGACGCUCUUUAUCCUCGAGAAGCGCGACGUCAUCCGCUUCUCGAACCAGCGCAAGGCCCUCACGCGCACCGGCGUCUGA